AUGAAUUCAAUAAAAGAUUAUUAUUCUAAUUGCCUACAUGCAUGUUAUCCAGAAAAAUAUGUAAUAGAUCAAAAUGAGAUAGAAAUACCAGAGACUGCAAAAACUAAUUUGAGUUUUAGGUUAUUUGAUAUAUAUUAUAAUACAGGAAGUGACUUUAAUGUAAAAGAUAAUCACUUAAAAAGCUUAAAAACUAUGAUAAAUGAUGAUAUAAGUACAAGGCUAAAAAAGAAAAAAAAAAAUUUUAAGAACUUGGAUAAAAUAAAAAUUUUAGAUAAUUUUUUUUUUAACAUCGAAAACAGUAAUAAUAAUAAUAAUAAUAAAUCUAAUAGUAGUCAUAUUAAUAAAGAAGAAUGUAUUUUAAUAGAAAAUACUUUUGAUUCAGUAAUACCUAAAAAAGGUAAUAUUCAAAAUAAACCUUUUGAUAUUAAAAAAAAAAAUUCAUCAAAAAAAAAAAAAGAAAAAAAUAUAGAAGGUAUUGAGAAAAACUAUUUUAUAAGAAAAAAUAUAAAAUAUGAAAAAUUAAAAGCUGGAAAAGAAGAAAAGGAAAAAAAAGAAAUAAACUUACUAAAUAAAGAAAUAAAAAAAAUAAAUAGAAUAAAUGAUAGUAAGGAAAACAGUUCUGAUAAAGACAUUUAUGAAUUACAUAAAAUAAAUAGAAAUAUUAUGAAAACAUCUAAAAUAAAUAUACCCAAAAUAAAUUUAUCAAAGAUUUCAUGA